CUCCCUCACCGUAGUCAACUCGAUCCUCCCUCCUCUCGAACAGCGAAAAUGGAGAGAGAAGAAGCGGAGAUAGUAACAGAAAACGGAGACGCAGAGGCAAAAAAGGGCUUCUCCGACGGUUCGAUUUGUGGGUUCGAAUCUCUUCAUCGUCUCCUCCAAUCUUCUCUCAGUCCCCAACUUUUCCAGGAAGUUAGCCGCAUGCUUCUCGGGAUGAAUUGUGGAAGGCCACUUGAAACCGUUAGUCUCCCAGAUCCUGCCAAAGCUCUAUCUUCAACACAUGAUUUUGAUCUUCAGGCAUUUAGCUUUCGUGCUGACAACGAGUCGUUGAGAGCACCUCGAAUAGUCAGGGUUGGUCUUAUUCAGAACUCUAUUUCUCUUCCAACAACUGCUCCAUUUUUGGAUCAGAAGAGGGCCAUUUUUCAGAAAUUGGCACCAAUCAUUGAUGCUGCAGGCACUUCAGGAGUCAAUAUAUUAUGCUUGCAAGAGGCGUGGACGAUGCCAUUUGCAUUUUGUACUCGUGAGAAGAAAUGGUGUGAAUUUGCAGAGCCCGUUGAUGGAGAAUCUACACAGUUUAUUCAGGAUUUUGCACUGAAAUAUAACAUGGUUAUAAUAAGCCCAAUUCUUGAGAGAGAUGUGAAGCAUGGAGAGACACUCUGGAAUACCGCUGUAAUUAUUGGAAAUCAUGGUAAUAUACUUGGCAAGCAUCGGAAGAAUCAUAUACCUAGAGUUGGGGACUUCAAUGAGAGUACAUACUAUAUGGAAGGAAACACUGGGCAUCCCGUGUUUGAGACAGCUUUUGGAAAGAUUGCUGUUAACAUUUGUUAUGGAAGGCACCAUCCUCUGAACUGGUUAGCUUUUGGCUUAAAUGGUGCUGAGAUUGUUUUCAAUCCAUCUGCUACUGUUGGUGAACUCAGCGAACCUAUGUGGCCCAUAGAGGCUCGUAAUGCUGCAAUAGCAAAUAGUUACUUUAUUGGGUCAAUCAAUCGUGUUGGGACAGAGAUCUUCCCCAAUCCAUUCACUUCAGGAGAUGGAAAGCCACAACAUACUGAUUUUGGGCAUUUCUAUGGUUCAAGCCACUUUUCAGCACCAGAUGCAUCAUGUACACCGUCUCUAUCCCGCUUCAAAGAUGGGUUAAUGAUAUCAGACAUGGAUCUCAACCUCUGUAGGCAACUAAAGGACAAGUGGGGAUUCCGAAUGACUGCUCGAUAUGAGUUGUAUGCAGAGAUGCUUGCUAAUUAUAUGAAGCCAGAUUUUGAGCCCCAAGUCGUUACUGAUCCCUUGUUACAUAAGAUCCCUUAAUUUCGAUUGCCAUUGUAAAUUUGCAGCUGAAAUAAGUUAAGAAAAAUGCGAUUGUAUGUCAAUGAUCUUUAAAUCAAUGGAAACUGAGCUUGCUUUGUUAUUUGUGGUUGAUGGUUAAUGAACUACCAAGGAAGAUAUGUUUAGAGAUUGAAGCUUUUUAUAAGUUCUUCG